AUGUGCGGAGGCUGCAGUACCAUUAACCCUCAACGCCGUGCCCCAGUAGACAGGGUACUUUCGGUUGCAUGGACCUUGAAGUCCCUGUACGCGCCGUUCCGGUGCCUGUGGUGGCCUUCGAGGAAGGGGAACGGGAUGUGGAUCAGGGCGCCGUGGUACGUCAUUCAGGAGUCCUCAGCGAAGAAGCGUGAGCCCGGCGGGGUUGCGGGCGACCCAGACAAGGCAGUAGAUCUCGGGGAGGUCUUGUAUGCCGUCGGGGGCGGUGGCAGCGGUGGCGGCGGCCACUUUUUCUUCUCUUGCUACCGGACUGUGUACUUGGUUUUGGUCGCGCGAACGGGGGAAGUGUUUGUUAUUAUUGUCCUCGCUUGGGACCUGUGCUUUACAGUCUCGAGUUGA